AUGCCAAGGAGUCCCCAGGGAACGGAAGCAGCAACCGGCAUCGGCAACCGUCGGCAAUCGGCGAUCGAUGAACGCCAAUCGCACGCCCGGAUAUUCUUAUCUAAGUUAUCGAUUGUCAAUCCCGCCUUGCGAUUUGACGAUCAUCCGACUGCGUGGAUCUCAGGGCGAGGUCUCGACUUCUUGGGCGACGGUGCGAGGGAAGCUCGGGGAAGACCCAAGAACCACUCACGUCAAGCCUGGUUCCGUCCUGCCACCAACUUCUUCUUGCAUCGCCCAGCGGAUUGCUCACCAAGUGGAUUUUAUGCUCACCGGUGCAUAAAAUUUGCUCGCAGCGUAGACUGCUAUGCCAAUGACAUAAAAGAGUUCGUAGAGUCCAGCUCGGCUCCGGACAUCUUCGCUGUGCCAAGAUGUACUUCGUCGUACUGGAUCAUACGCUGGAUCCCGGUGCCAUCCGAUCGAUCAUCAGCCGAGCGAGGGUUCCCGGACUUGAAGAUUGAAGUCUGGAACUUCAUGAUGACUGAUGACGCGUCUCUGGCAGAGCUGGCUACCGGAGUGGCUCUGGACAGUUGACUUUGUGCGCGAAAUACUACCAGGCCAAUAUCAUGAACUGAUAUCAAGAGGUUCAAAUCCAAGGUAGAGGGAGCCGAGCACUUGUCGUUUCCAACGAGGCAAGGCGGCCCGGUAGGAGGAGGAGGAGGAGGAGGAGGAAGAGGCGUCACACACUCUGCCCUGGAAGAAGCAGACAAGUAUUGAUGUGGAAGACCCUUCUGGUGAAUCCAAGUCGUUCGAUUUCGACGUGUAGAGUACCACCUUCCACAAGCUCCCUCGCCAAUGCCAUUGACUCAUAUCGAUAUACCCAAUCAAAGGGUUGAAUCUUACUUGAUCUAUGCCUCACUGCUUUGGGGUGUAGGGUGCUGAACUC